AUGGCUAGCCGUCUGGCGUCCCUCCUGUGCAAUGUGGGGAAGUUUCCGUGCGACCCUAACUGCUUAUCCGGUGGGAAAUGCGAAGAUGGAGGCAUCAAUUUGUGUGAAAUCGUAUCGGAUGGAAUGAACAAGAGAAAGACUUUAGACGAAUGUUUUACCACAAGUAGCUCUGACGAUAGAUACAAGUACCAAGACAGCUCCGACAUGUCCAAAUAUUAUUUUGACGGGUGCAUUAAGAAAGAAGGUUUUGUGUACAAACUUGAGGUGAGCAAUUUUAACGCAAGUAACAUAUGUCCUGCAUUGGUGCGGGACAGAUCAGAUUAUAACCGUAACGGGAACGAAGAGGUUUCAAGUGUUAUCGACCUCGAGGACGAAGUCCUCAUUGGCAAUUUCCCAUUUGGUUGUUUGAGAGAGGUUGCAGAGCGAUCCCUGAACACCUUGGAAUGUGGGAACUCCCGCGUCAUUAUUACGGAGCGAAACAUGAGGAUCACACGGAAGGAUACAGACUUAAUGGGGAAUAACGUAAGAACCGGGGAAAAACAGUCCAGCCACCUGUACAGCGAAAUAGGCAAGCCAGAUGAGGCUGGCAGUGAGCACUCAAUGAGCGAAGGGGAAGAAGAACAGGCGGAGCAGGGAGAAGCUUACGAGGGAGAACAGAAUGACCCUGGGGGGGAAGACGUAGGACAUGUAAUUUUUCCACAAAAUUCUGACGCAACAAACGGGGAGCCCGACACGAUAGGCGAGAUGGACGAGAUGAACCGCGUUAAAAAGUCAACCUCCUAUGGAAAGAAAAAAAAAAGUAAUAAUAACCCCAAGAAAAAAAAGGAAAGUGAGGAGGGCCGGGGCAGAAAUUUGCGUUCCAUGUUCGGCUUCUUCACCAGGGCGGAGCCCGCCGUGUCAAAUUCGUCCCAUUCCUGUAGGGGAAAGACCUCCGAUGCGUCCUCCGAGUUCCUGUCCGUGAUUAGCAGUGUCAAGUCGAACGCGUGA